GGAAGUGGAUCUAAAGCAAGCAUCAAACGUGACUCUGGGUCUCUACUUCCCAGGAGAAUGUGGGGCACUUCAGACUUUGAAUUUGGCAAGCCACUUGGCAAGGGGAGAUUUGGAGCAGUGUAUUUGGCCCGAGAGAAAAAGACUCACUUCAUCUUGGCCUUGAAAGUUAUAUUUAAGUCUGCCUUGGAGAAUGCUCAGCUAGAACAUCAACUCCGAAGAGAAAUAGAAAUCCUAAGUCACCUCAGACAUCCAAAUAUCUUAAGGAUGUAUAACUAUUUUCAUGAUCAGAAACGGAUUUUUCUGAUGUUGGAAUAUGCUCCAAUGGGAGAGCUGUACAAGGAACUACAAAAGAAAAAGUGCUUUGAUGACACUAGAACAGCAACAUAUAUGGAAGAAAUAUCUGAUGCUCUGAUGUACUGUCACGCUCAGAAAGUUAUCCACAGAGACAUUAAGCCAGAAAAUCUCCUAUUAGGAUUAAGAGGGGAGCUGAAAUUGGCAGACUUUGGCUGGUCCGUGCAUGCUCCCUCACUAAGGAGGACAACACUAUGUGGCACCACAGACUACCUUGCUCCAGAAAUGAUAGAGGGGAGUCCCCAUGAUGAAAAUGUGGAUGUGUGGUGUGUUGGUGUCCUUUGUUAUGAGUGUCUUGCAGGAUAUGCCCCAUUUGAAGCACCAACUCGAAUGGAGACAUUCAGACGAAUAAGAGAGGUUAACUUUGAAUUUCCUCCUUGGGUGUCAAAUGGAGCCAGAGAUCUAAUCUCCAAAGUACUUAACCGAACACCUUCUGUGAGGCUUCCCCUGAAAGAAAUAAUAGUACACCCAUGGGUUAAGACCAAGUCAAGGAGAAUCUUGCCGCCUGUCUACAAUGAAGUAGAACAGUAA